CCAGCACCUGCAGAGCCUUUGCUGGAAAAUAAAGGUUUGUCCCUGAGGCAAUCUGCAUGUGGAAACUACCUCCUCUGGCAGAGAAAAUGGGCCAGAGGGUCUCCCAGGAGGACAACCAGGAGAACAAGGCUGAAACUCUGGUCAUCUGUGAAGUCUUCAGCCAGGGUGUACUCCAUGCAUCUCGAAAGCUGGAAGACUAUCUCGGUUUUGUGGAUCCUCAAAGCAAAUUCCAGCCAGCCACAAACACGCUGAGUGAGAUCUUCCUGGUCAACUUCAUCAGCUUCUGCAUGGGAAAGGGCAUGGAGGAGCAGAUCAUGACCAGCAAAAUGACCAAGCAGCAGUCCUCCCUGUUUGGAGUGGACUGGAUCUGGACUCUGUGUGGGUCUGACAAGCAGAUCAAGCUCCAGAUCGCCGUGCAGGCUUUGCAGCCGGCCGAGCUCUUCCAUGGCGAGGGUCCUGCCGAGGAUUGCUGCCGGGAGGCUGCGCUGGCCGACGAGUGCUUCCAGAACAUGAGCAGGUUUGAGAAGCUGGCUGAGUUCUGCCGCCUGGUGGGACGGGACUGCUUGGGCUUGUUCAUCGUGUUCGGUGUGCCGGGGAAGCCCAAGGACAUCCGAGGAGUCCUGCUGGACAGCGUUGCGAAGGAGGAGCAAAAAUGCCACCUGUCGGGCAGGAACGCGCUGCUGCAAUUUGUCACCAGCACUGACAGCUCCCUGCCCACAAAAGACAUGUUGGAAAAUUGCCUGGGCACCAGAAAUGGGCUGAAGGACAUGGGCAAUGUGUACAUAAACUUUGUGUGAGCAGCUGGGCAGGAACAGUGUCUCCGUGCAGCAGCAGGGUCCUCGCAGGGCUCAGCUCUGCCCCCCCUCUCUUUCCUCCCCACACUCCAUUCCCUCCACCUUCUCCUCAACCCAUGGUGUUCCCUUAGCUCCUGCAGAAGCCAGGCUGAGUCAGCCUCUCCAGGUUUUAAAACACCAGGGCAGACCUGCCAGAAAAAUGUGUUUAUAGAAGGCAUGACGUUUUUCCAGAACAUUUUGUUCGCCAGACAUUAAGUCUUGGCUGGAGCUGCUGAAAGCUUUAUCAGCCAGAGCUCUGGGGAGGUCCUGGUGGAUUUGACCCAGAGCCUUUGUUUGCUGUGUGGCAGUUUUUUUCUGUCCUAGGAGGGUGAGCCUGUAAUAAUGGAAAUGUGCUGGUGCUGGUCAGAAGAGCUGCAAUGAGUGUGAAGGACAAUACGAGGCCUUAAAAUGACUGAUUGGAAGGAGUGAGCUGGUUUCAAUUAAGAGGAAAAGCCCUGCCCAGUGCUAGAAAUGGGCUCUGAGAGAGAAUUACUAAUUAUCUACCCCACCGUUGGUGCCAGGCUCCACAGGGCCUUGAAGUGUGAACCAAAGGCAGGGUUAGGGCCAACUGCGAAGCUUUUCUCACUGAAUGGCUGUGUCAGGGCAAGGUAGGGGGCAGAUGUUAAAGAACACUUGGGAAAAAUCAAGCAAUGGGGACAAAAACCAGGCCUGAUGUGGGAGGGACCUUAUCACAGCAACAGAGGCAGCCCCUGACCAUGCACAGAAGAGAGCAAACCUGGAAGAGGCAAGAUUAUUUCACUUGGAAUUCCUCUUCAGUAGUUUAGCAGCUGAUGGUAUUUAUAGGCUUGGUU